GAGGGAGGCUUCACAUGACCUCAGAGCUUACUGGCUUAGCACAGUCCUUCUAGAGCCUUUGGAAGGGUUGUUCACUGUCAUAUGGAAAGGGGCGGUACCAAGAGCCUGAAGCUGAGGAGUUCCUAACCCAGUCAGCAUCACCCAGAAGACGACUGGGGCACUUUCUGUUGGAGCUCUGAUGCCCCCCCCAUACACAUUCUGUUGCAUCUUCCUCUCCUGGGCAGGAGAGAGGAAUCUUGUUCCUUCUCCCAUGCCACUGAAUGUUUAACAAACGUGCCUUCCACCCCUUUGGGUACUAUUGCUCCUUGUCCACUGAGGGAGUGGUGGGUAUAGGAUAUGGCACAGGUUUAUGUCCCAAUAUCAUUCUGCCCUUGCUUACCAAGGUGUCGCCUUCAGAUCUCAGUUUAUCUGACCCCAGUGGCCCUGGGAAUGAAGAAGCAGGUGUGGUUUACAUAGAAACUCUUACCCCAGGUAGCGGUAAAAAGAGAACCUGGGAAGUCACAAGAAUCUCUGAAAGGUCCAGGAAAGGGCUGUCUCCUGGCCCGCAUGCUCACUGCCUGAAGCCCCAAGGUGAAGUCUUCUACCAAUGACACUUCCUUGCAGAACUCCAAAUCUGAACCUUUGUUCUUAGGGUGCCCACCCCAGUUCAGCCCCUUCCCCAAGGCCUGAUACUUUCAGAAAUUGGGAGGAAGAGGAAGAAGCAAUUCCAGAAUGAAGCCUGGAGGAGGGAGGAGCAUUUCUUUACCUGAGGGUGCCCGCCUCUCCCUGUGUUUGCUCUGAGAUAGUCAGUCUCGCUCCUGCCCAGCUCAGGCGGCUGCCCUUUGGGUGCUCCCUUCCCUAGAUUCAGAUCUUAGGACAGACCAACAGAGAGCAGGGCCAGGAGACAAGUCUUGGGAAUGGCCCGGGUCCUGGCUGGGCCUUUCUUCUGCGGGGCCCUGCUGGGCUUCCUAAACCUAAGUGGGCUAGCUGUGGAGGUGACUGUGCCCACGGAGCCGCUGAGCAGGCCUCUGGGAGGGACAGCCGAACUGAGCUGCACCUACAGCACGUCGGUGGGAGACAACUUCGCCCUGGAGUGGAGCUUUGUGCAGCCUGGGAAGCCCAUCUCUACAUCCCUGCCGAUCCUGUACUUCACCAAUGGCCAUCUGUAUCCCACUGGUUCUAAGGCUGAGCGGGCCAGCCUUCUCCACAACCCCCCCACAGGGGGGGUGGCCACCCUGAAGCUGGCUGAUCUCCAUCCCUCAGAUACUGGAACCUACCUCUGCCAAGUUAACAACCCACCAGAUUUCUACACCAGUGGGAUGGGGUUAAUCAACCUCACUGUACUGGUGGCCCCCAGUAACCCCUUAUGCAGCCAGAGUGGGUCGACCUCUGUGGGAGGCUCUGCUGCACUAAGAUGCAGCUCUUCUGAGGGUGCUCCCAAACCAGUGUACAACUGGGUACACCUUGGAUCUUUUCCUACACCUCCUCCUGGCAGCAUGGUUCAAGAUGAAGUGUCUGGUCAGCUCAUUCUCACCAAUCUCUCCCUGACCUCCUCUGGCACCUACCGCUGUGUUGCCAGCAACCAGAUGGGCAGUGCCUCCUGCGAGCUGACCCUCUCUGUGACCGACUCCUCUGAAGGCCGAGUGGCUGGGACUCUGAUUGGGGUGCUUCUGGGUGUGCUGCUGCUGUCAGUUGCUGCAUUCUGCCUGAUCAGAUUUCAGAAAGAGAGGAAGAAGGAACCCAAGGAGACAUACAGGGGUAGUGACCUUCGGGAGGAUGCCACCGCUCCUGGGAUUUUUGAGCAAGCCUCUAGGAGGGCAGGUUAUAGCAAAGGGCUCCCUGAGAGGUCUUCACCUGCCAGCACUAUGGCGACCACCAAGUCCAAGCUCUCUAUGGUUGUCUGACUUCUGAUCUCUGAGAAUGAUGAAGGGAAUGACAAAAAUUAAAGCUCUUGAAUACCA